CCUCAUUAGGAAGAAGAAAAGAAAAGAGCAUUUGCUUCGACGCAAAACACCGCCUCCUUUGUUUCCACUUUGCCUGCCUGUCUGUUAUUAUUAUAUCACUCGCCCAGUCCCUCCUGUGGCCACCGCCCCUGACCAGCACUCUAUCCUCUCCCACCAUCUCGCCCGCUAAGAGUAAUAUCAACAUCAAUAUCAAUGUCAAUGUCAAUAUCAAUGUCAAUAUUCUGAUGUUGACGCGACAAGAAAAGAAGAACAAGAAUCAGCGUCAUCGUCAUCGUCAUCGCCUGUCGGUACGAACUAGCCGUGCCCUGUCGUACCGUACCGUACCGUAUUAUUACCGCGCCUUACUUUUUUGUCCUCGACCGCCUCCGCCCAGCAUCGUUCAACAACAACACAACACAGCAGCAACUCUCGUCCUUCAUCUGUCCCAUUGUCUGUUCAUCCCAUCGAUUUCGAGCCAUUCUAUUUACUGCCCAACUCGACCAGCCUGGCGUGUUUACAGCCCCUUUCCCGCCUGGUACGUGGCUGCUUGCCCCGAUUUCUUUGAUCUCGUCGCCCGGUCUCCUACCCAAAUUCUUACUUUUAUCGCAUUCUUUGGCUGUUUGGUCUGGGUCGUCCGCCGGCCGAUUUGCAUUUUACUGACCUAUCUUGUUUCAGAUCUACUAUCAAAAUCUGCUCGACUCUUCGAGACAGGGUAAAAAGACGACUUAUCGACACCGCUGAUCGACUGCCAUAAACGUGUUCGAGACGCGCACGCGCUACAUUCCGCCGUAACGACCUGGCCAGCUCCACCAAAUCCUCAUCCUGAACAGAUUGUCGCUUCAC